AACUUAUAAGUAAUGAGCUAUUGAUCUUGGGAGCAGGUUGCAUAAGGUUCGCUCCUCUCAUAGUCUUUUACUAGGUUACUAACUCUCCAAUUGUGUAUAAGUCGCCAGAAUCUCAACCUCCUCCUUGAUUCGCGAGCUGACAAUCAUGUUUUAUAUUCGUCUUUAUCUAUUGAUUCCUACGACUUCGAAACUAAAUCUCCAAAAUUAGAUGGGCUAUGCUAGUGAAACGUCGGGCACAGUGAUGUUGAUUUCGAACUCCUUUUGGGUUGAACUGCAUUCAUUGAUUCGAUCUCCAGGGUUCAAUACUCUCUCAUCAGAUAUUUGCCACACGUGACUAUUUCAUCUACCCACCCGAUAAGAACUAUUUUUGUUGGAAUCCCACAUUGGUGUGUUAAAGGUCCGGUCUUGGGCAAUCCUCUCCGUACGAGUUAGUUUUUGAGGUUGAGUUAGACCCAAUAUCCAUUUCUUUAUCAAUUUUUCCCUUAUACAAUUACAUAAUUAGGCUAUUUAUUAUUGUUCACUAUUUUUUUCACAAUCAUGAUGUCUGAAUCAACUUGCGCUCACCCCGACUAAUUUCAUGAAAUUAUGUUGCCUCUUGCCAACAAUAUGUAUUAGGUAAAUUAUUAUUACUCAUCAGUCUUAUAAUAUACGAGUCAAAGUUAAAUUAAAUCAUUUACUUAACUUGAAAUAAAAAGAAUAAGAAAUUUAACAAAAUGUAGUUUGAAGGAUUUUUUUUCUUUAACCCAUUAUUUACAUCAACCAAUAAAUAUAAGAUAUGAAUUAUUUUGCAUAAACUUUUAUCAACAACAAUAACAUAUUCGUGAAUUCCCAUAAAGUGGAUUGGUGAAUGAUAAAGUGUAAAAACUUCAUACCAUUAUAUCAAAUGAAGUAGAAAUAUUAUUUUCAAUAGAACCUAAUAAAAAUAUACGAAAAAAUAAAUAAACUUUUAUCAUAAAUUAUAAUUAAAUUUUAAAUUAUGUACAUCUUUUUCAACACUACAAAUAGUAGACUAAAAUGCAUGACCCCCUAAAAAAAGAGAUUAAAAAGAAGAAGAUAAAAAUGCCGCGUGGUGCAUAAAAAAAAGGAACCAUAUAUAAAAGUAAAACCCCACACGAACUUUCUCAACUUGCCCGUUGCAUUUCCAAAAUUCAACUCCCUAGCUGUUCUAAAAAGUAUAUUGCCUGUCAAAAAAAGGAGCCAGCACGACGUCGUUCUGAAAAUCUCCGAUUCUCCGGCGUAACUUCCCGGCAACUGAUGGCGAUCGCCGAAGAGAAGGACGGUAAAGUUUGGGGACUAUUCAAGCUUCCUUUUCGAAACGCACAGUCAACGACGACGACGAAUACUACUUCGCGUUCGUUUUCGCAUAAUACUCGUCAUUACCGGAGUCAACAACAUCAAUCUCUCGGAAACACUUCUCUGGAUGAUGGAUCGGUUCCUCGUAGUAACAGUUCCAGCUCAGUUUCUUCAGUAGCGAGGUCUUUGCUUCCUGCACGGCGUCGAUUGAAGCUUGAUCCUUCCAAUAAGCUCUAUUUUCCUUAUGAACCUGGUAAGCAAGUUCGAAGUGCUAUCAAGAUAAAAAACUCUAGCAAGUCUCAUGUAGCUUUCAAGUUCCAAACAACUGCACCCAAAAGCUGUUUCAUGCGUCCUCCUGGAGCAAUUCUCGCCCCCGGUGAGAGCAUCAUUGCAACUGUAUUCAAGUUUGUAGAGCAUCCGGAAAAUAAUGAAAAACCAAUGGACCAGAAGAGCAGGGUGAAGUUCAAGAUCAUGAGCCUCAAGGUGAAAGGACCAAUGGACUAUGUUCCUGAACUGUUUGAUGAGCAAAAGGAUCAAGUAGCUGUAGAGCAAAUUCUGCGGGUUAUCUUUCUCGAUGUGGAACGUCCUAGUCCAGCUUUUGAAAAGCUGAAACGCCAGUUGGCGGAAGCAGAUGCUGCUCUUGAAGCACGCAAGAAGCCUGCGGAAGAUGCAGGUCCAAAGAUUAUCGGCGAAGGGCUCGUCAUAGAUGAAUGGAAAGAAAGAAGAGAGAGAUACUUAGCUCGGCAACAAGUUGAAGGCGCUGUAGAUUCUGUAUAAUUUGCUGGUGUUGUUUCAAGAUCUACCCAGUCUGAUUGUUGUGUGUAAUUGGUUGUUGUUGUAAGAUCUACCCAGUCUGAUUGUUAUGUUUCUGGUGUGUGAUAUACUAAACACAUUAGUAUAACAUUCCCAAUUGAGAAUUUCAAUGUCCAAUUAAAGCUGUAUAUAGAUGUCAUUCCUUCAAGUAAUGAGAGAUUUUCAGGUAGAGGGACCUUGAUUUUA